AUGACAAGAGCGUACGACAAUUGGGGGAGACUAGUCGGAGCCACAUUGAAGAGAGAGGAGCUCCGGCGGGUCGCUCGAGAAGACUCGCUAUCCAGCUCCUCGGAUUUUGAUUUGAGCUUCCGUUUGAAUGAAUCGGCUCUGAACUUUCAGGAUAUGGGAAUUUCAUUUACGGAGCAGCAAAUUAUUAAGGCCACUGGUAAUUUCAGCAAAGAAAACCUAAUCAAGCACAAUGAUUCUGGCGAUUUAUUUAGAGGGAUUUUGAACUUUCGGGAAGUGAAAAAGUCAGGGCAUGGUUCAAUCCAUGCUGUCAUCAAAAGAAUUGAUUUGCGCUUAGUCACUGGGGAAGCUUACAUGUCCGAGUUGGAGGGUAUCAGCAAAUUAUCUAUUUCCAAUCCGUGUCCUCUUUUGGGACAUUGCUGGGAAAAAGAGACUGUGAAAUUCAUAGUGUACAGUUUAUCGAAGCUGGAUUGGAAAAAGAGAAUGGAAAUUGCAAUUCGAGUUGCAAAGGGUUUGAAAAAUCUACAUUAUCAUGAUCCACCACUUGUUCACGGAGAUGUACAAACAAGCAGCGUAUUUCUUGAUGGCAAUUGGGAAGAGCAGAUAAAGAGACUAACUCAGGGCUAUGAUCAUGUAAAGAACAUUGGUACUCUGUGUGGGAUUAUCAGGAACACUGCAGAAGACACUUUAGAUACACCUAAAGAAAGAUUUGCUGGUGAUAUUUAUUGCUUUGGGUUGAUCUUGCUUGAGCUGGUGACAGGCGAACUGGGUGCCAGUGAACUCACAGGUUCCGCUCUCGAGUAUUGGUUGCAAAAGAAACUAGAUGGUAUUCGGAUGUGUAAACCAGAAAUUGAAUACCAUAUAUUAAAUGUGAUGGAUGGUUUAAAUGACGGGAGUCUAGCUGAUGAUCUGAGAGUGUACCUCCAACCAGACCCUACAUUAAUGUUGAAUGAUGUUAUAGCUCAAGGAAUAUGGCGUGUAGCUGCUAUAGCGAUAAGGUGCCUCGAACCUGAAAAAUUCGGGCGUAAAAAAUUCAAGAUUGAUAUGGAUCAUGUCCUCAAAUCCUUGGAAGUCCUUGAACGUUGUUGCGGCUCCUAA